AUGGCCGAAUACAAAUCGUUUAAAAAUUUGAAAAUUGACGAUUUGGGUGACUUUGUUUUCAAAGUUUCACUUAAUCGUCCUCGAAAAUACAAUGCAUUGAAUUUGGAUAUUUGGUUGUGAGUUGUUUUUGUUUUUGGUCAUUUUUAAUCUCAAAAAUUAUCCAUUAUCCAGUGAAAUCGGCGAUGUUUUCAAAAAAUUGGACGCCGAUUCAAAUUGUCGAUGUAUUAUUUUGGAAGGCGAAGGAAAACAUUUUACAACUGGAUUGGAUUUGACAGGUUAGAAUAAAUAACAUUAAAAUUGUUCAUAGAAAGCAAAUUGAAUAUUAUAAAAAUUAAGGGAAAUCAAGACAAAAAACCUUUAAUCAUAUUUUUUGGUGUUUGGAGAAAAGUUUUUUAGGUUUUUCUUUUUGACAUCUCUAUUCUCAAGAAUUUGCCAACUUUUGCAACAAAGAUUGUGACAUUUGGUUAAGUAUGAACGAUUUUAGCAUUUUUUGUGAAAAAACGAAAAAUGGUUUUGAGGUUGGAAAAAAAUUCACAAACCGUCAUGUUGUCUGGCGUCUCUCUUAUGUGUUUCUAUCUCUCAUUUUCUCUCUUUCUCUCCUCGUCUCUUCUAGACGCAACACUCUCUCGUUUAUUUUUUCAAUUCGGUUUUUUGGUGAAAUCAGAAAAUUUCACGAUUUUCACCGAGAACAUGCAAUUAUGCUAUAGAAAUGGAGUAAUUAUUCGAUAAAGAAAAUUAUGAAACCAAAUUAUUAUUUUAAAUUCAGAUAAAUCUUAUAUAUAAUUUAUCCUCUCCAAAAGUUUGAUAAAAGUAUUUGAAAUAUUCUUUAGAAGCUUAGAAAAGUUUACCAAAUUAAAUGUUUCUAGAAGUAACUGGUGCUCAUGGAGAUGAAGAUGUUGAUCAUGCGAGACGAGGAAGAAGAUUAUUCCCACUUAUCAAGAAAAUGCAACAAUCGUUCACAGAAAUUGAAAAUUGUACAAAACCCGUACUUGUUGGAAUUCAUGGAUAUUGUCUUGGAGGAGGAAUUGAUAUUAUAACAGCUACAGAUGUUCGAGUUGCUACUAAAGAUUCGAUAUUUUCAGUCAAAGUGAUUUGAAUCAUCACAGAUUUUUCAUUGAAAAACAACAUUUUUCAGGAAGUUGAUAUUGGAAUGGCAGCUGAUGUUGGAACAUUGAAUCGUCUUCCAAAAUGUGUUGGAAAUCAAAGUUGGGUCAAAGAUAUUUCAAUAACUGCCAGACAUUUUGGUGCUGAUGAAGCGUUGAAUUUUGGUUUGAUAAGUCGAGUUUUUUCAACUCGUGAAGAAAUGCAAACCGAAUUAUUGAAAAUGGCGAAAUUGAUAUGCACAAAAAGUCCAGUUGGAGUUCAAGGAACUAAAGUUGUUUUGAAUUAUUCAAGAGAUCAUACAGUUCAAGACAGCUUGAAUUAUGUUGUGAGUUUGAUUCGAGGGGAAUUUUAUAUUUUUCAAUACAAAAAUAUUCAAAUAGCCUGACAGACCCAGAAAUUAGCUGACAAAAAUUUGAUAAUGUGGUCCAAAAAUGCAACAUUUAUUUUCUUCUUUGGUCCCUUCAAAAAAAAACUGUGCACCCUUUCAGUGGUACCCAUUCAGUUUUUCCCAACAUUUUUCCCCCUUUCACAAAAAAACCGAAUUAAAAAAAUAAACGAGAGAGUGUUGUGUGUAGAAGAGAAGAGGAGAAAAGGAGAGAAAAUGAGAGAUAGAAACGCAUAAGAGAGACGCCAGACAACAUGAGGUUUUGUGAAUUUUUCCAACCUCAAAACCAUUUUUCGUUUUUUCACAAAAAAUGCUAAAAUCGUUCAUACUUAACCAAAUUUCAACAUCUUUGCUGCAAAAGAUGGGAAAUUCUUGAGAAUAGAAAUGGCAAAAAGAAAACCUCAGAAACUAUUCACCAGACAGCAAAAAAAGAAAAAAUUGAGAAUUAAAAGAUUGAUUUGAAGAGAAAAUGAAGAUAAUUUCUAAAAAUAUUGUAAUAUUGCAUUUUUUUAAUUCAGGCAACAUGGAACAUGUCGCAAUUAUUUACUGAAGAUAUGAUGAAAGCUGGAAUGGCUAUAAUGACUAAAGAACCACUUCCACCAUUUUCAAAAUUAUAA